ACGGGUCUGCCCUGCCCCGAGAGCCUGUGCCAGCAGGACGGGUGGCUGCUGUGCGUGUCCUGCCACCAGACGGGCACCUUGUUCCUGUUCCUUGCAAGGCCACAGCGCUCUGUGCGCGAUUUGAUGUCCUCUUGCUGUCCCCUGUCCCGGGACUCUCCUUCGGGGGACUCAGGGAGGCAGUGCCAGGUUUUGGGGACGGGUGCAGGCAGCGGCACAGGCUGGACCCGCGCACUCCCCGGUAAAUCCCAGCAGGCAGAGCCUGGGAAUCCGCGCCAGAGCUCCCCUGAUGCCGCUGUUCCACCUCCACGGGCAGGCUGUGGUCCCCAGCGAGCGUGCGAGGUGACUCUUCUCCUCCCGGAGGUGACAUGGAGCAGCUGCAGUGACCUGAGGAGCCGUCGCAGCGGUGCCCAGGAUGGGCUGCGUGCCCUGCAAAGAGAAGGGGGCUGGCAAAGGGCAGGCAGGGGGCGAGGGGGGCUCCCUCCAGCCCCCCACCUCCCAGUACGACCCCGACCCCACGCAGCCAGGGGCCAUCUUCACCCGCAUCCCGGACUUCAACAACUUCCAGGGGCCCGUGGUGCCCCUGGCCCCGUCCUUAGCGGAGCCGGGCAGCUUCAGCUCCGGCGUGCUGCCAGCGCGGAGCGGGGGCAUCGCAGGCGGCGGGGUGACACUCUUCAUCGCGCUGUACGACUAUGAGGCCCGGACGGAGGAUGACCUGACCUUCCAGAAAGGGGAGAAAUUCCACAUCAUCAACAACACGGAGGGGGACUGGUGGGAGGCGAGGUCGCUGAGCUCGGGUGCCACGGGCUACAUCCCCAGCAACUACGUGGCCCCUGUGGACUCCAUCCAGGCAGAAGAGUGGUACUUUGGCAAGAUCGGGCGCAAAGAUGCAGAGCGGCAGCUCCUGUUCCACGGCAACUCCAGAGGCACCUUCCUCAUUCGGGAGAGUGAGACGACAAAAGGUGCCUACUCCCUCUCCAUCCGGGACUGGGACGAGGCCAAGGGAGACCACGUGAAGCAUUAUAAGAUCCGGAAACUGGAUAACGGGGGGUACUACAUCACCACCCGUGCCCAGUUCAACACCGUCCAGCAGCUGGUCCAGCACUACAUAGAGCGGGCGGCCGGGCUGUGCUGCCGCCUGGCCGUGCCGUGCCACAAGGGAACCCCCAAACUGGCCGACCUCUCAGUCAAAACCAAAGACGUGUGGGAGAUCCCCCGCGAGUCCCUCCAGCUCCUCAAGAAGCUGGGAAAUGGGCAGUUCGGGGAAGUCUGGAUGGGCACAUGGAAUGGCACCACGAAGGUGGCGGUGAAGACGCUGAAGCCUGGGACGAUGUCCCCCGAGGCCUUCCUGGAGGAGGCUCAGAUCAUGAAGCGGCUGCGGCACGACAAGCUGGUGCAGCUCUACGCCGUGGUGUCAGAGGAGCCCAUCUACAUCGUCACAGAGUUCAUGAGCCAGGGCAGCUUGCUGGAUUUCCUGAAGGAUGGGGACGGUCGCUACCUGAAGCUGCCCCAGCUGGUGGACAUGGCUGCCCAGAUCGCGGCGGGCAUGGCGUACAUUGAGCGGAUGAACUACAUCCACCGGGAUCUCCGCGCUGCCAACAUCCUGGUGGGAGACAACCUCGUGUGCAAGAUCGCUGACUUCGGCCUUGCACGCCUCAUCGAGGACGAUGAGUACACGGCACGGCAGGGUGCCAAGUUCCCCAUCAAGUGGACAGCUCCGGAGGCUGCACUUUUUGGGAGGUUCACCAUCAAGUCGGACGUCUGGUCCUUUGGCAUCCUCCUGACUGAGCUGGUGACCAAAGGCCGGGUGCCCUACCCAGGGAUGAACAACAGAGAGGUGCUGGAGCAGGUGGAGCGGGGGUACCGCAUGCAGUGCCCAGCGAGCUGCCCCCCAUCCCUGCACGAGAUGAUGGUGCAGUGCUGGAAGAGGGAGCCCGAGGAGCGCCCCACCUUCGAGUACCUCCAGUCCUUCCUGGAAGACUAUUUCACUGCCACCGAGCCCCAGUACCAGCCCGGGGACAACCAGUGACCCGGGGCUGGCACCCCCAGCAAGCUCUGGGCUGGCUCUGGGGUGAAUGUCCUUUUUUUCUUUAGAGGUGGUUGCUUCUUUUGGCUGUGCCCCCCUAAAAUGCCUUUUGGGGGGUGCUCAGGGUGCCCAGGGAGGACACAGAGCUUUGCACAGGAUGUUGCACUCAGAGAGGAGACAAAGCUGUGUGCCCCAACCCCUCCCUUCCCUUCAUUGCCUUCUCACCCAGCUUUGAACCUGAGAGGGGCUUUGGCUGCAGCGGGGAGCUCCCCAUGCUACCCCCAAUCUCUUCUGGGAGCACAGCUGGCUGGGGUUCAGGCCCCCAAAAUCCUGGCACUGACCUGUGGGAGGUCAUCUCAACCCUCCCUCCCUCCCUUUAUGUCUCCUUUAAUUUAUAAGAUUUUAUGCACCUCCCCAAGCAGCCACUGCCCCCUCCAAGGGAUCCCAGAAUUUGGGGGACCCCUUGUCCCUGGCCUUAUCUCCUCUGUUUUAUGGUAGAGCCAAGUCCUGAAAGCCAUGCACCCACCUCUGCUUGCACUGGGGGCACAGGGGGUCCUGGGGGGCAGCAGGGUGGGGGCAGCCCUGCGCCGGGGGCAGGACCAGGGUACGGGCUGGGGUCACCCCGCAGCACUCGGGGAGGCUGUGGCUGCAGCGUGGCUCAGCCCCCUGCAGCAGGGAUUGAUCGGGGACCGGGGCAGCGUGUGUCCAUGGGAGUGCAAUGCUGGGGAGGAGGGGGCGGCCCUGCCCGCAGCCCCUCCAGGCACUGCCACGCCUGGGUGGGCUCCCAGCCCUGUGCCCCAUGGCCAGUGACCCCCGGCACCCCCAGGGCAGGGCUGUGGGUGGACAGUG